UCUGAGGUAACGCCAUAUAUGUUUUCUAAACAGGAAGAUAUAAGCACGUGACCAUGUGGUAUUUAUGGUUCUUUGUUCUGGAAGCAGUUGCCAUAGUAACAGGAAAUGUUACUGUCUUGGUUGUAUUCACUCGUACACCUUCACUGCGCAAGCGCAAACACUUCCUACUGGUGAGUCUAGCGGUGGCUGAUCUCCUCGUGGGAGUCAUCUCAGUACCAAUGUAUGUAACAACAUUCUACGUAGGCAACAUAAUAAUAUACCAAAUAUACCAAAUCCAGGAUAUUCUAUUUGCUACAGCCUCCAUGUUUGGUUUGACGGCCGUGGCCAUUGAACGAGCGUAUGCCGUAUAUUUCCCAUUCAAACACCGUACACUUUGGAAAGGUGUGUGCAUGAUCGGUAUAGCAGCGAUAUGGAUGAUGGCGGCAUUCAUUGCAAUUUCGUCGAAGAUUUAUUUUGACGGAAUAAUUAUUGAUAUUUUUAUACUGACUGCACCAAUUAUCUUCUCUCUUCUUGGUAUCAUUAUUUCAUAUUGCCUUAUAUGGAUUAAAGUUAAUUGCAUGACAAAUGCACAAGGUCGCGCAAUCCAAAGACGAGACAACAAGCUCAYUGUCACACUUUUGAUCGUCAUUGUCAUCAGCUUGAUCGCUUGGAUUCCAUUUCAAGUUAUUAUGGUAUAUUGGAAGAUCUGUAUAAACUGUUCUCUCACUGGCAGUGUUGUUUACACGUCUAAAUUCCUACAUUAUGGCAACUCCCUCGUCAAUCCUAUUAUCUACGCACUGCGCAUGCCUCAGUUCAGAACUCCGCUUCUUUACCGUUUACGGAGUYGUGCUCCAUGUAACAAUAGUUAUGAGCAAAACCAUGACCACAGGCCAAAUACCAACAGAAAUAACCAUGACAACGAUGCUGCCAACCAACUGAACGCUGGUAAUCAUGACAACGGCCUUGGUAUCCUUGGAAACAAUGGUAAUGAGUUAGAGCUCGAUACCUUAGAUAAUCACGACGGGGACGUAAACCAUCCAAGCUAUUGCAGGGAGAGGGGGAAAAUAUCUGCUGAACUUGUGCAUGAAUCUACAGUAUAA